AAGGCGCAGCAAGCAUCUAAAGCCAGCGUGGUUGGAUUGGCAGCUAUAAAUUAUAUUAAUCGACGUGAAACCGGCAACAAAACAAACAAGAAGCCGUUCAGCGCACGCCAGACAGGCAAGACAAUAGUUAAAUACAGCGCGUGUUGGUUGGCCAUUGUCCGUUAUAUUUAG